CCCGACCGGUGGCAUUCGCCGCCUUCUCUUCCUUGUGGUGGUGGUGGCUGCUCCCCAGGGACCGGCACCGCUCCAAGGUCCUCGGUAUUAGGCUCACUGGCCACCUCUCCUUGCCAUUCUCGGCCCUUCCCGUAUGGAGCAACGAAACUAAACAAAGGAAAAGGGAGCAAGAACAAGAGCCUCGUACCAGAGAAACCCAUCGCGAAGAGAACAGCAACAUCUGAGCGGCCGGUGGAGGCGAGAAUCUUUGGCCGAGAAACCCUGCCUUCUUCGCCGAUUUGUUGAUCGGGGAAGAGGCCGAAGACGAGAGAGACCUGACCGGACGACGGACUAGAUCUAAACCCAAUCUGCCUUUCUUGCAUGUCCUUCGCAGGCUAAGGCGGUUCGGCCCAACCAAAGCGCGAUCACCGAGAUGUGGUCAGUGCGCACAAAGCAACCUAUUUUGGUGCCGCGCUGCUGACUUGGUCAGCGCGGGAUCCACCAAGAAUGCUGAGAUGGCAUAUUCUUAAUGGCCUAUGGCUGAGGUCGUACACAUUGCGUACAUACGCCCCGCGUCCCCUUACCGUCUCUCUCUUCACAGCAGAUCUUCGCAAAGGGUAAGGGGGCAGAACACUCCCAAUCAUCGAGACCAUGGCGGAAGACGAUGUAACCGGAGCGGCGGCGGAGGCGGAGUUGAAGAAGGGGUUCGAGACCCUUGAGGUGGUGCAGCCGGACCCCUCGGUCCCCGUCCACUACAUCUACCUCAACCGCCCGGCCCAGCGCAACGCCCUUACGCCGGCCUUCUUCACCGACCUCCCCCGCGCCCUGGCCCUCCUCGACCGCCUCCCCUCCGCCCGCGCUAUCGUCCUCGCCGCCCGCGGCCCCCACUUCUGCGCCGGCAUCGACCUCUCCACGCUCGCCGCCACCAGCUCCCCCCGAAGCGCCGACCGCGCCGCGGCCAGCGAACUCCUCCGGCGCCGGAUCAUCGCCCUACAGGCCACGAUCUCCGCCGUCGAGCGGUGCCGGAAACCGGUCGUGGCUGCGAUCCACGGCGCCUGCAUCGGCGGCGGGGUGGACCUGGUCGCCGCCUGCGACAUCCGGUGCUGCGACGAGGGCGCCUUCUUCGCGGUCAAGGAGGUGGACCUAGCCCUGGCCGCCGACCUGGGUUCUCUCCAGCGGUUGCCGUCGAUCGUCGGGUACGGAAACGCCGCCGACAUGGCGCUCACGGGGCGCGGGGUGCCGGCGGCGGAAGCGAAGGCGAUGGGCCUCGUCACACGGGUCUUCCCCUCGCGCGCCGCCAUGGAGGAAGGCGUAGCGGCCAUCGCCAGGGGAUUGGCGGAGAAAUCGACGGUGGCGAUGAUGGGGACGAAGGCGGUGAUGCUGAGGAGCAGGGAUCUGACGGUGGAUCAGGGGCUGGAGUACGUGGCGACGUGGAACUCGGCCAUGCUCAUGUCACGUGACCUGGAGGAGGCCCUCCGCGCCCAACUCGAGAAGCGCAAGCCCAACUUCUCCAGACUGUGAGGGAGGGAGGAGAUGCAACUCCUGCACGCAACGCUUUACACAGCUUCCAAUAACCAAAUGUCGUGUUAAUGGUCUUAUCGUCCAAUUACAAUCGCACGUACAUUAGCAUGUUUCGCUUUGGACAUCGAGGAAGGAUCGAAGCAAAUGAGUGUGUGUGUGUAGAAUCUGAACUCUGGGAAAGCACCAAAAGCUCGUGAUGAUGGCCUUCGCUUUUUAUCGAAUCUUACAGCUCACAAGAAUGGCCCCCCU